AUGCUGGAAAACGCUCCUAGCUACAUUGGUUGGUUUGUUGACAACAUCCGCAAUGAAAAAGUGACCAAAUCUCCUAUAAGUCAAAACAAAGCUGCCUUAAAGAAGUAUGUGGAAUCUUUUCAAGAGGGUCGUGAUGUUGUGGCCCUGAAGAAAAAGCAGAGGGAGGAUAAAGAGCCCAAAAAGCAACACAAUUCUCCACAACCAAGCCAAAACUCUGCAUCAAAAAAAGUUGUCUCCCCCCUGGCAGCUGGUCUGGCAUCUGGGCACAUAAGCACCGAAAAAUUUUUGCCCUGGGUUGCAUCAACUACAGGUGUUGAAAAGUUCAAACCCACCAUCCUUGUAUCAGUGAGAAAAAGAAAACCGAAGACACCUUCUGCCACUGUGACUUCUACAUCUACAUGUACUCAAGAUGUAGAUGAUGAAGAGCUUUGUGCUUUUGCUGACCAAAUAGAGGAUAAUUUAGGUAAUAUUUCAAAUUUUAGGUAUUACUAACUGUUUCUAUUUGAAGAUGUGUUCUGAAAUAAUGUUCUGCAUUUUCAUUGUAGUCCAACCAACCAGUGAGCCAAAUAUAAGUCAGCAGCUUACACCAGGUGCAUCUCAAUCAAUACAAGCACCUGAACCAGAAAGCCUGUGCCACUAGUACCAGAAGUAGUUGAAGUGCCUGCGGCUCAGCCAGAGCAAUUACUAACAGCUUCAGUAGCCCUCCUCAGCAGUGUUAGGAAUCAAGGUACAGGUUUUUGUAUCAAAUGUUAUCAAUAUUUCACUCUUUUAAUGAUGAAAAUAUGUUAUUCUUCAGAACAUUCCUUACUUCCAGAUGGAUGGCUUAAGACAUUACCUAAAGCUGGCCACCUGUGGGUGUCUCAGGCCUUAUUUACAACAAACAAUAAGGGAAAGGCAAAGCUGGACUUUAGCAGGUGA